AUGAACGUGAAAACUGUGCUCAUCCUGCUGGUUCUGGCUUUGGCCACGAUCUUUGCUUUAGUCUGUGUGCUGCUGACCAGAGGGAAGGGCCCCAGCACCUGCCAGCGCCAACCCCUGGAGCAAGAGGACACCGAUGGUGGCCAGAGCCUGGUCUUUGCGGAUCUGAGCCCUGAGGAGAUGGUGCAAGUGGUGCAGUACCUGCAGGGAAACCUCGGGGUGCAGCUGGUUGAUGCCUCAAGGGCAAAGCCCUCAGACAACUGCAUUGCCUCCAUCGACAUGCAGGUCCCUGCCAAGGCAGAGGUGCUGCGGUUCCUGGAUGAGGGGGGUGCUCGCCCUCCCCGGGAGGCCCUGGCUGUGCUCUACUUUGGGAACCAGGCAGAGCCCAACGUCACCGAGUACGUGGUGGGUCCACUGCCCACACCGGCCUACCACCUGGAUGUGACAGUGCAGAGGUAUGGGGGGCCGGUGCCGUACCACCGCAGACCAACGCUGGCUGUGGAAUACCAGCAGAUCGCAGAGGUGCUGAGGGGCCAAGCAUUUCCCACAGCUCCUUCCUUCAUGCGCCAGGUCCUGGAGUACGAUGGAGCCAACCUGGCAGCGCUGACAGCCGCUCCCCGGGGGUUCCAGUCUGGAGAUCGAAUCACCUGGUUUGCUUUGUUCCAGAACGUGAGUGGCUUCUUCGUGCACCCGGUGGGGCUGGAGGUGCUGGUGGACCACAGCAGCCUGGACAUGUCCCAGUGGGCCGUCAGCAGGGUCUUCUACAACGGACAGUACUACAGGGACAUGGUGCAGCUGGAGAGCGCCUACGUGCAAGGUAGCGUCCGCGUGGAGAAGGUGAGGAGAGCGCCGCGGGACGGAGACUUCUCGUCCAUGAAACCCCGAGCGCCGCCGGCCGCGCCCUACCCGUUGCAAUUCGAGCCCCAGGGUCCCCGCUACAGCGUCAGGAACAACCGCGUCCUAUUCCGGGGCUGGAGCUUUGCCUUCGGGAUGAGCGUGAGCAGGGGCCUGCGCCUGUUUGACAUCCGACACCAGGGGGAGAGGGUUGCCUACGAGAUCAGCGUCCAAGAGGCGCUGUCGGUGUACGGUUCCAACUGCCCCGGGGGGAUGUCCACCAGGUACAUGGACGGCAGCUUUGGCAUCGGGCGCUACACCUCCCCCUUGGUGCGUGGCGUCGACUGCCCCUAUUCAGCGACCUACCUGGAUGUGCACUGCCUUGCCCACUCCCAGCUCCCCAGAACUACUGAAGGUGCCCUCUGCAUCUUUGAGCAGAACCUGGGCUCCCCUCUGAGGCGCCACUACUCCAACUUGCAGUCGCUCUACUAUGGGGGGUUGGUCAACUCUGCCCUGGUCAUUCGCUCAAUCGCGACUGUGGGCAACUACGACUAUGUGUGGGACUUCAUCUUCUACCAGAACGGGGCGCUUGAAGGCAAGGUGCAGGCCACUGGGUACCCCAGCUCCUCCUUUCUCCACGGGGAUGGUCUGAGAUAUGGCAACAGGGUCUGGGAGCACACGCUGGGGACAAUCCAUACCCAUUCCAUCAACUAUAAAGUGGACUUGGAUGUGGGAGGGGUGAAAAACUCCCUGGUGGCCCAUGACAUGGUGUUUGAGAGGACACAGGCUCCCUGGAGCCCAGAGCAGCAGAUAGAGCGACCACGACUCACCAAGAAGGUCCUGGACACAGAGGACCAGGCUGCCUUCCGGCUCCAGGAGAAGGUGCCCAGAUACCUCUAUUUCGCUGCCAGCAGCAAAAACAAGUGGGGCCACCAACGUGGCUACAGGAUCCAGAUCUCCAGUUUUGCAGGGGACCAUAUCCCUGAAGCCAGCCCCAUGGAGAGGGCCAUCAGCUGGGCAAGGUACCAGCUGGCUGUCACCCGGCGGAAGGAGGAGGAGCCUACCAGCACCAGCAUCUACAACCAGAAUGACCCCUGGACGCCGACCGUUGCCUUUGCUGACUUCAUCAACAAUGAGACCAUCACCGAGGAGGACCUGGUGGCCUGGAUAACUGCUGGUUUCCUUCACAUCCCCCAUUCUGAGGACAUUCCCAACACGGUGACUGUGGGAAACUCAGUCGGCUUCCUCUUGAGACCCUACAACUACUAUGACCUGGACCCCUCUAUCUACUCCCAUGAUGGGGUGUUCUUCACCAGUGAGCAGGACCCCACGGCGUGUGAGACCAACCCCAUUGCCUGCCUGCCCACAGCAGCUUCCUGCCUGCCCAGCCUUCCACCGUUCACCUACGAUGGCUUCCGAAACAGCAGCAGGCUUUGA